AUGAUAAUCAGGGUACCAUCAAAAGCAGCCGGCCGCAACGCCGGAUCUGCAGCACACGGGCGGAACAUUGAACUUGGCGCGAAAACUGAGGGAAACCCGACGACGCUGAGCGCCAAAGGUCAGCAGGAAGCCAUCACCACGGUUACUGGUCACGUGAACGCAUGUUGCAUUUCACAAAAUGCCGCCCGGCGAAUGAAUGGCGUUAAACCGGAUUGCGGGCGGGCUGGUUGGUGA